AUGUCACAAUUACUUAGCACAUCUUCUAUAGAUUUUAAAGAAGAUAUUUCUAAACCUGAUAUAACCCCUUCUAUAAUCCCUCCAGUACUGAAUCAGGAAUUUGUAGAUCAUGAAAAAAAUCAGAAUGUAUUUGAAUCCAAUGUUGCCAUAGCCAUUUAUACACUAUUAGGUAUUUUAAUAACUGCAAGUAUAAUUAUAGUAUUGGCUGCAAUGGAAAAACAAUCUGUUCAAACAGUAAGUAAUUCUUCAAGCGAAAUACAUACUGGGGAAGUGUCUGAUAUUAGACUGUCUGGGUAUAUAUCUGCUCCGUUUGCAUCAAAUCCUCUAGGAAGUAUAGACAUAAAUUCACAUUCUUCUGCAGCCUCUAACACUUCCAAAACUAGCAAACCUACAAUCACAUAAGAUAGAAAUUGUCCUAAUAUAUUUAAUAAUAGUUUAUGUGAACUAUGCAUUCUUUAUUAAAAAUAAAAUAUUAUUUAU